AUGGUCGGUUCUCAAGCUUUCGACGAUACUCCCGAGGGAGGAUGGAAGGCGGCGCAUGGAAUUCCAGUGCCUGACUUUGUCGAGCCGGUUCUCACCGUCACCGUGCUCCUCUUGGCCAUGUUCUUUACCCGCAGGAAGAACUACUCUCUUUUCAAACCAAGGGAUCGAUACCAGCCGCUCCCCGACGAGGAAUCGCCUAGGAGUUCUGAUGAGUACAACCAUUUCCUGUAUCGCCGGCAGAGUGACCAGUACCCUCCCAAGUCCCGCUCUUGCGGCAGCUGCCUGCGCUUCACGACGCCAAACUCGAGCCGCUUUGCCACAAACUUCCACUCCCGCAUCCUGCAAAAAUUUCCCUUCUUGAUUGAAAUGUUCUACUGGGGCGUGAGCUUCGGCGCAUACAGGUACACCAAAGUUCUCGCCCAGGCGACCUAUGGUGGCCAGAAGAGCAUGUGGGAUUCGGCCCAGCAACACGGCCUAUCUAUUCUGAACUUCGAAGCCAUGCUGUGGGGAGGAGAUCGACAGGCGCCCGAAAAGUGGCUCGAAUGGCAGAUCCAACGUUGGUUCCUGCGCGGGGCCGAGACGGGCGGUUACCGAGCGUGGAUUCUGUCCUUUUUGAAUCGUGGUUAUGCCCUUGUACACUUGCCGGGCACCGUUUCGUUCCUCGCCUACUAUUACACCACGGCGUCGACGCACGCUCGAUUCUGCACUGUUCGUCGUACCAUGACCUUGACCAACUUCCUCGCCUUCAUCAUCUUUAUCCUCAUUCCCACCAUGCCGCCGCGACUUUUGCCCAAGGAAUACGGAUUCGUCGACUCGGUCAGCUUGGAGGAUGCCGAGUCUGUCUGGAUGGGCGGCGACUUUGUUAAUCUGCUUGCCGCCAUGCCCAGCAUGCACUUUGGUUAUGCCUUCUGCAUUGGCUGCACCUUCAUUGCCGAGAGCGGCGUUGUCAAGGGCCUGUUCUCAUGGCUCGAGAAUAUGUCAAUUGGCCACUCCGGCCCGGACGAAGACGACGAGGACGACCCGGUAGAGGCCAGACGAAGCGCCUUUGCAAGAGCCUGCAUGUUUGCUUUCGGCAUCUGGUACCCGACGUGGAUGCUCAUGACCAUUGUCAGCACAGCCAACCACUACUUCCUCGAUGCCUUCGCCGCCGUGUUCGUCGUCAUGGCAGGCUUCAUGUGCAAUCGCGUAUUGUGCCUCUUCCUCCCAGUCGAAGAUUACCUGCUGUGGAUACUGCGUCUCGAGAAGCCGAUCCCAACAACGGGUUGGAAGAAGAAUUUGUCCGUUGAGUAA